GUUGAUUUGCUUGAUUUGCUUGGUGGGGUGUAGCAUUUCAAAAUCGAAAAUUAAUAGAAUAAUAUAAGUUUUUACCAUUUGAACUGUAAUAAAAGUUAAUUAUGGAUGACCAAGGAAGGAAAGUAAUCGUGUGUGACAACGGCACAGGCUUUGUGAAGUGCGGAUACGCCGGUAGUAACUUCCCAGCGUUUAUCUUCCCUUCGAUGGUGGGCAGACCCAUUAUUAGAGCCGAAAAUAAAAUCGGGGACAUUGAUGUUAAGAAGUUUGAUCCUGAAGUAGUCCAGGAUUUAAUGGUAGGUGAUGAGGCUUCUCAGUUGCGAUCGAUGCUGGAAGUCAGCUAUCCCAUGGAAAAUGGGGUAGUACGCAACUGGGAGGACAUGUGCCACGUGUGGGAUUACACGUUCGGGCCGAGCAAGAUGAAUGUGGACCCGAAAGAAACCAAGAUCUUGCUCACUGAACCACCCAUGAACCCAACGAGGAAUAGAGAGAAAAUGAUUGAAGUGAUGUUUGAAAAAUAUGGUUUCGAUAGCGCAUACAUAGCUAUCCAAGCUGUGCUUACGUUGUACGCUCAGGGACUGAUUUCUGGAGUGGUGGUCGAUUCUGGUGAUGGAGUGACCCACAUCUGUCCGGUGUACGAAGAGUUCGCUCUGCCCCACUUGACGAGGAGGCUAGACAUUGCUGGCAGGGACAUCACUAGAUAUCUUAUCAAGCUACUCCUCCUUAGAGGUUACGCCUUCAACCAUUCAGCAGACUUUGAAACAGUUCGAAUGAUGAAGGAAAAGCUGUGUUAUAUCGGCUACAACGUCGAGCAGGAACAGAGGCUGGCGUGGGAGACCACUGUGCUGGUCGAACCUUAUGUGUUACCGGAUGGGCGCGUCAUAAAAGUAGGGGGUGAAAGGUUUGAAGCACCAGAAGCGCUGUUCCAACCGCAUCUUAUAAACGUAGAGGGGCAGGGGAUCGCUGAAUUGGUGUUUAAUACCAUACAGGCAGCGGACAUAGACAUGCGUAACGAACUAUACAAGCACAUCGUUCUAUCCGGUGGCUCUACCAUGUACCCCGGCCUACCUUCAAGAUUGGAGAGGGAAAUCAAACAACUAUAUUUGGAAAGGGUGCUAAGAAAUGACUCGGAGAAACUUGCGAAAUUCAAGAUCCGCAUCGAGGACCCCCCUCGUCGUAAGGACAUGGUGUUCAUUGGUGGUGCGGUGCUGGCCGAGGUGUGCAAGAACAGAGACAACUUCUGGCUCACCAGAGCCGAGUACCAGGAACAGGGUAUAUCCUGCCUCCGGAAGCUAGGGCCGCGUGCAAGUUAAUGCCAACUAGUAUUAAAUUAUAAUAAAAAUGUAUAUUGUAAUUUUCAUCUACUUAAGAUUAUUUCCAAUACUUUUAUUAAUUAUUUAAUUUUAUUACUAUUAAAUGUUAAAGCCUGACCAGAAAAAUAUAAUACCUCGCCAUAUUGCGGAAAACCCGUGUCACUAAUUUAUACAAGACUUAGUGAACAUAGACAAUAUACUAGUGGCGCUUCCAGAGCAAGUUUUUUUUUUAUAUUUCUGGUCACGCUAUAUUUUUACUUUAACUUAAAUAAGAUUUGUUUGAACGAAUUUGGUAAGCCCGAUUUUCUAUUUUAUAACAUGUAAAAAAUGAAAAUGUAUUUAAAAAAAUGGAUUGGAUAUCUACUUAAAUGUAAUUAACUGAGAUUUCGCUAAUAGAGAAAAAAUGUAAAUUAAGGUCGACCUAUUAAAUUAUUUGUUAUCUAGCAAAUAAAUUUAACAACGGUUUGACAUAUUAUUUGCAAUAAGAAAACUGUCUAAACAUGAAAAUAUUAGUAUUUGGCGAUUUUACGUAUUUAAUCUUAGGCGAUUUUCUAUAGGAACAAAGACGUUUUGACAGUUUUUAAUGUGUCAAAAUUAUAGAUUGAAAAAAAAAAUACAUUAUCCAGCCCUUUUAAAUAAAGUAGAAUAGAGAUAAUGAUAUAAAAAUGAAGUUAUUUAAUUUGCUAAAUGAAGCCUAAUCUAAAUCAUCAUCACUUUAACUCAAAAUAAAAUAUAUAAAAUGAGUUUAAAUGGACUGCAGAAUUAAAUAUGGACUAUUCAUAUUCAUUGAAGACUGUAUAAUUUUGCAUUUAAUGUAUACUUGUUUGUGAAUUUUACCAGAUAUUAAAUCUACACUGGCGUGUAUAAAGACUUUGAAUUAUGAACCUAAUGUAUUAUGUAAUAAACACAAUUUUUAUGUA